AAAUAAGAUCCGACGGCGAGAAAACUCCCUCAGCUGCCUUUAUAGCCCGCACUCCGUUGCGCUGGGCCAAACCCUAGCUUAGCCGCCACUGCCCUCCAGCCCCAGCCGCCGCUUCGCUCUUGUCACGGCCACGCCGUCCGUCGAGGCGAGGUAAGGUCAGCAUGGUGAGGGUCAGUGUGCUCAAUGAUGCACUCAAGUCCAUGUACAAUGCUGAGAAGAGGGGGAAGAGGCAGGUAAUGAUCAGGCCGUCAUCCAAGGUUAUCAUCAAGUUCUUGACGGUCAUGCAGCGUCAUGGCUACAUUGGUGAGUUCGAAUAUGUGGAUGACCACCGUGCUGGGAAGAUAGUGGUGGAACUGAAUGGAAGGCUAAACAAAUGUGGUGUUAUUAGCCCUCGCUUUGAUGUUGGCGUGAAGGAGAUUGAAGGAUGGACUGCCAGGCUGCUCCCAUCCCGUCAGUUUGGCUACAUCGUGUUGACAACUUCUGCUGGCAUCAUGGACCAUGAGGAGGCCCGUAGGAAGAAUGUUGGAGGCAAGGUUCUAGGUUUCUUCUAUUGAAGGGAGUAUGGCAAAAGCACUGAAGUUUCCAACAAGAACUCAUCUGAGCUUUUGUUUUUUGGUCUAAAUAGAGUGCUUUGUUAAGAUUGUGGAACGUGUUGUGUGCUUCAGAAAUUGAGAACCCUGCUAUGAGCUAUCCCUGCAGUUAAUUAUUAUGACCUAUAUGCCUGUCUUGUGUUUCUCGUCUUGCCAUCUCAGAGGAAGAUUAGAGUUCCUUCUUUUACUUAAUGUUGUUGACUAUACUUGUGUGAAGCACUGAUUUCAUUAAGUUUGAUAUCUAAAACUGAGCUAAAUCAGUUG